AUGACCGACGAGGCUGCUGGCGAUAAGGCUUCAAAGGGUAAAUCAGCAAGUGAUAAGGCGUUCAACGACUUUCUCGAAGGUGUUGGUGAACUUGAUGAUAGCCAAAAAGCAUUGUUGAAAUCAUUGUGGGAAAUCAAUGGUCAGGAUGCGUACUCGCCCGAGGCAGCCUCAUCUGGCAGGAUGGAUAGAACAAAAUGGCUUGCAUUACCGACUGGCUGGAACUACCAGAUUGUAGCUGCUGGUGAUGUUGCUCAGAAGGAGGUUGCCUAUGUUGACCCACCAGCAGAUUCGAUUAAGACAUUCUUACAAGAUUUGGCUGAAGCCCAGGACUGGAUAGCAACUGCUCGUUUGGCUUCAUUUGUAGUGCCAUUGGCUGCUGAGUAUGUGUUCCGCACGAUGGGCCACCAUUACCUGACCUCUGACGCUGCCACCUUUACUGCAAAGUACUCUCAAGUGUUCAGGGCUUCAUUGGUGCCAGAGAUCGAGAAAUUUCUACCUGCACAUAUACUGUACCAUGCAGCCCUGCACUGGAUCUCACCGGCUAGAAGCUAUCAGGUAGUUAAGGCGCAAGAGUUAUCCUUGAACAUCCCGGAUGCUGUCAAGACCCGUCUCACAUCAGCUCCAUCUGGUACAGCAUUGGUAACUACUACAGCAGCUAUUCUCGAGGCAAUUGAAGCUUCUGGACGCGGUUUGGCCUACUUGAAACAACUCAAGAUUAAUUAUGCUUUAAUCAAAACUGUGAAUGCCAAGGUCAGGGCGACUCCUACGAAAUACCACAAAUCAUAUUUUGCUUACAACGUCGCGAAGCCUUCGGAUGAAGAGCUUACCGAACUGGCUAAUGCCAAGGACGAGGCAACACGAUUUGCACCGAUUGGGCAAGCUUUCCUUGAAACCUACCUAGCAGAGGCGGACCUAUCCCGCGCAAUGGCUCUCAGGAAAGCAGCUAACAACAACCCAGUGGUCUAUCGUACUGCUAAGGCCGUGUUCCAGAAGUCAGUCAAAGAUGUUCCCACAGGUGACAAUGCAUUUGAAGAAAUUGUCAAAGGUUCAUCGCUUAGCUUGGACGAUGAUAGUGAAACAUCAGCUACCAUGGAGACCCCAUCAGGCGCUGAUGCUAACUUGGGCGGCUAA